GGGGCGAGGGGAGCGCAGGAAGCUCUCCCGCGGAGCGCCGCCCACCGCCCGCCCGCCCUCGUGGGCACAUCCGCCGAUCAGAUUGUUGUUCACCUCGCGGCCUCCCCACCCCUUCCCAGGGGUGCUUCUUCGUUCCGGAUCCGCUCCUGACGGCCCCCAAACGCGCCCCGGAGGGAGGCCCACAUCCAGGCUCCUCGGACCUCUGGGUCGGGCCCCGCUGCCCGCCGCGCGCCGCGCAUCCGCGGGGCCCGCCGCGGCGCUGCGCGGCUCCCCCGGGGCGCGCGGGCGGCGGCCUCUCGCCACCCGCGCGCUCGGCCGCGCGGAGGACUCGCGGCCAUGGAGGACGAUGGCAUGGACUCGCUAUUCUCCGAGUUCAUGAACCAGGUGACUAACAUCAAGUCUAACAAGAUGAAAAAGCUCGAGGAGAAGCAGGGCUCGCCAGAGGAGAUCAUUGAACGGCUCACGGCGACCAAGUACGAUCCGAAGCAGGGCUUCGGCUCUGCGUUCGCGGUCCUGCAGGUCAGCCCGGAGGCCUCGGAGGCCGAUAUAACAAAGGCUUACCGCAAGAUGUCGGUGUUGAUACAUCCGGACAAGUGCAAGCUCGAGAAGGCAACAGACGCUUUCAUGAUCCUGAAGCAAGCGUACAGCGACACCAAGGACCCGAACUACAACGACAAGUACAGCGACGUCCUCCAGGAGGCCAAGGCGCGGGUGAGGAAGCACCGGGAGCAGGAGAACAAGGCCCGCGAGAAGCGCGGAGAGGAUCCUCUCGACAUGGAGGGCAACGACUUCGACCAGGCCGUGCUGCGAGAGUGCGAGAAGAUGACAUCCCAGACCGCCGAGGAGAAGGAGCAUAGCAACUCGGUGCUGGAGGCGAACAUGAAGCGCCAGCAGGAGAUGAUCAGGCAGGCCAAGCAGCAGAAGCGAGAGUUGGAUGCCGAGAAGAAGAAGUUUGAGCGACACAGAGACAAGCGCGCGGCAGGCUGGCAGGUGUUCAUGCAGAACGUGGAGACCAAGAAGCUGAAGACGGAGGCGUUCCACAAGAUCGGUCGGGUGGGUGCGGCAGACUACCACCACAAGCGGGAGGACAGGAAGGAAACCGACGGCAAGGCCGAGAUUGACCUGUCCGACGAAAAGGUCUGGAGGUCCGACGUCCAGGCCGGUCACACGGGAAUCGACCUGUCAUACAAGAAGAAGUGGCGGUGAGGCCGCGCACGCGGCCGGCGGAGGCCGCGCAGGCGUCCGCCGAGCGGGCGUUGCCGCUGGCCGCCGGCACUUCUUAUUCAGGGGGGCUUGAAAUUUGCCCCCCAGGUCCCCCGCGACCGUUGGGUCGGACGAGCUGGGGGGUCGGAGGGGCUAUUGGUUCCCAGACCCCCUCGGGGCAGGCCAGGAUCCUGACGGGGGCGUUGUCGUGCUGCUCUUCGGCCCUUGGGGGGAUUCUUCCCCCGCCAUUGCCGCCGUCCUUCUGCGAGGCACUGCCUGGAUUGCAGGGCCGAGAA